UCCACCGGCACUGCCCAACACUUUGCCUACCUGCUCAACACGUCUGACUACCGUAUCCUGCGUAUGGACGAGGACCAUGACCGCAUGUACGUUGGCAGUAAGGACUACAUCCUGUCCCUGGACCUGCAUGACAUCAACAAGGAGCCGCUCAUUCUCCACUGGCCUGUCUCUCAGCAGAGGAAGACUGAGUGUCUUCUAAGUGGAAAGGACACCAAUGGCGAGUGUGGGAACUUUAUCCGUCUGAUUGAGCCAUGGAACAGGACCCACUUGUAUGUCUGUGGUACUGGGGCCUACAACCCCAUCUGCACCUACGUCAACCGUGGACGCAAACCACAGGAAUACAUAUGGCAUUUGGAGCCGGGCAAAGUGGAGUCUGGGAAAGGAAAGUGCUCCUACGACCCAAAGCUCAACAGCGUCUCAGCUUUGAUCAAUGGUGAACUCUAUGCUGGGGUCUACAUUGACUUCAUGGGAACAGACUCUGCCAUCUUCCGUACUGGGAAACAGACCGCCAUGCGUACAGACCAGUAUAACUCCAGAUGGUUAAAUGACCCUUCCUUUGUCCAUGUGCAGCUCAUCCCUGACAGUGCAGAGAGGAAUGACGACAAGCUUUACUUCUUCUUCCGUGAGACGUCUGCUGAGAUGGGCCAGAGUCCCGUGACUCAGGCCCGCAUCGGUCGGAUCUGCCUGAAUGAUGACGGUGGACACUGCUGCCUGGUCAACAAGUGGAGCACUUUCCUGAAGGCACGGCUCAUCUGCUCGGUGCCGGGGGCCGACGGGAUUGAGACGCACUUCGACGAGCUCCGAGACGUUUACAUACAGCCAACCCAGGAUACCAAGAAUCCUGUUAUCUACGGAGUCUUUUCCGUCUCGGGCUCAGUGUUUAGGGGCUCAGCAGUGUGUGUCUACUCCAUGGCAGACAUCCGCCAGGUCUUCAAUGGGCCCUUCGCCCACAAAGAAGGGCCCAACUACCAGUGGGUCGCCUACACUGGGAAGAUCCCCUACCCUCGACCAGGGACGUGCCCAGGUGGAACGUUCACCCCCAACAUGAAGUCCACCAAAGACUACCCAGACGAAGUCAUCAACUUCAUGAGGAACCACCCCAACAUGUACAAUGCAGUGUACCCAAUGCACAAGCGCCCCCUGGUGGUCCGGACCAACGUGGACUACGAGUUCACCACCAUCACUGUGGACCAGGUGGCCGCCGCAGACGGGAACUAUGAAGUGCUGUUCCUGGGUACUGACAGGGGGACGGUUCAGAAGGUGAUUGUUCUGCCCAAAGACGACCUGCAGACUGAAGAACUGGUCCUGGAGGAGGUUGAGGUGUUCAAGGUUCCAACUCCAAUUACAACAAUGAAGAUUUCGUCCAAAAGGCAACAGCUCUACGUGUCUUCUGAGCUUGGUGUGACCCACCUGGCCCUCCACCGCUGUGAUGUGUACGGGGAGGCGUGUGCUGACUGCUGCCUGGCCCGGGACCCCUACUGCGCCUGGGACGGAAAGUCCUGCUCCCGCUACUCCACCUCGCAGAAGAGACGCAGCCGGAGGCAGGACGUGAAGUACGGGAACCCCAUCCGGCAGUGCAGGGGCUUCAACUCCAAUGUUAAUAAGAACACCUUGGAGAUGGUGCAGUAUGGGGUGGAGGGCAGCAGUACCUUCCUGGAGUGCCAGGCCCGUUCUCCCCACGCCGCCAUCAAGUGGCACCUGCAGAGGGACAACAGUGACCGCCGGAAAGAGAUGCGCUCUGACGGGCGAGUACUGAAGACAGAACAAGGUCUGCUGCUGCGUUCUCUCCAGCCCUCAGACUCCGGGGUCUACCAGUGCACGGCCACAGAGAAGAACUUCAAACACACGCUGGUCAAGCUGCAGCUGGUGGUCCUGUCCGGCCGAGCCAUCAACAACGUCCUGGUGGAGGGUGGGGGACUGGGGCCAUCUGCUCUCCAGUCCAGCGCCUGGACGCCCAGCGCGGGUCAGUACAAGGACCUGCUGACCAUCCUGAGCCAGCCAGAGAUGGGCCUGAUCAACCAGUACUGCCAGGACUACUGGCAGCUGGGAGACCCCAUGAUGGGAGCCAUCAAGGCCAAUGACAUGAAAGAGCUCAAGGAGCAGAAGAAACCACGCAACCGCCGACAUCACGGUGAGGGAGAGGACGAAGAGGAGGUGGAGACAUGAGGGGUCCCUCAACUCUCCCAAACUUCAACCGCACCCCAGGGAAACUGGGAAAGACUCAAUUCAAGAGACUGACAAGGUGAAAGAAAAUCAAUAACCACAAAUAAAAGAAAUGGAAGUGGAAAAAAAACAAGUCAUACAAACAAACACAGCUCACAUCCCUUUCAACAAUAAAGUAUAUGAUACACAGUAUUUAUUGUAGGUUGUAUAUAGUAUCAUUCUGUGGAUUUCUUUGUACUUAUAGAAAAAUGCUCUUUGUGUAUAGGUACCUUUUGGGUAAAUGUUAUUGUAUUAUUGUUAUUAAUUGUAUUAUUGUUGUUACUGUCAUUACAAAAAUCUUAAUCUUUCCAUCUUUCGACAUUGACAGCUCUGUUUGGAAUGUAAACUCUGUUGGUAGUAAGCUGAAAGGGGUCAUUGUGUAAACAGAUACGUUAACCGAGGGUUGGGGUAGAUGGGGAUAUAAUGGUUUCUUGUUUGCCUUGACUGAAUGUCAAUACUCAUAUUCUCGGCUCACCAGGAAUUGUUUGAACAUACAGUAAUCUCACAAUCAGUGCAUAAGGACAAAGACUCCUGACUCCAAUUUCAGAGGAUGCACAAAUGGCCCCACUCAUUGGCUAGCUGUCCAUUCUCCCUGUGAACCUGUUGUUUAAAUGACUAUGUUCAAUACUAUUGCUGCUAGGCAUAAUUGGCUCCCCUAAUAGGUUGAUGCUAUUUAUUUUCGGCUUCAUUGGUUAUUCCUCACUGUACAGUAUGUGCCAUUAACUCAGGCAAACCAAUUGUUAUAAAUACAGUGUUGCCAUGUAGCCUAUGCAUGAAAUCAUCUCUAGAUUACCAGAGUCCGUGAAAAGGAGGGGGGGAGGGGGUUGAAACUAAGGUUAUUAUUCUAUUAUAACAAAGAAUGAAAAACGGAUUAAAACCUUACCUUUCAGCAGCUAAAUUGUGGUAAAUGACAUUGUGAGAAUCAGAAAGUAAAACUUAAUCAGAAGGAAAAAACACUGUAGAUACUUAUCAAAUAAAUAUUUUAAGGACGUCUACGAGCUCUGUUUGGUUUAUUUUGCAAUCUAAACAUCGAAUGGGACUGAGUGUGAGGUACAGUAAAGGGUCAAGGUUGUGCACAAAGGGCAUUAUUCUCUUACCUUCAAAUUAUUAAAUUGAAUUUUAUGGAAGGUAUAAGAUAUUGAAAACAUUGGCCAGGGCCAAACCUAGCACACUUUGGCCAAAUACAUUUCCUUUUGGUCAACAAAAACAAAGCAGAAUUCAGUUUGAGAUCAAGCGAUGCUAGAAAGGAAGAGGCGAAGCGAGAGGGAUAACUGGGCCCAAAAUCUGUCUUCACCAGCAGGUGCCAUUUUUUCUUUUUUUUCCCCUCUCACCAAGCAGAGUUUUUGUUUGGAGGUCAAGGAAAGUGUAGAAUUUGGUUAACAAAAAAUGUAAUGGCAUAUUUGCUACUUGUGGCUUAUUUGAUCGAACAGAAGUUUCGCAAUGCUUAGAUUGUUACGAAUGUACUGAUAUAAGUAGGACACGUCACAUCCCGGCAACUUUGAGAAAAAACAAUUUGUAUCGGAGUUGUGCCUUUUAUCACAAUCGUAUCUGCCUUCUCAUUGGCUAGAAUGGUCCCACCUGAUAUUUCCUCCUACCAACUACCUUCCAUUUUUGAAGGCAUUUAUUUUCAUUGCUAGAGAGGUCAAGGGAGUAUCUGAUCAAUAUAAUGGAUAAUCUAUGGCAAUGCCCAGAUCACUUUCACUAAGCAGCCAUGUUGGUUCAAACUAAGAGCCAUCUCUUUUCAUUUACCGGUGCAUUUGGAUUCUUCGACUUUACAUGUGAAAAAAAUGUAUGUCCUCCUUACACAACAAAACAUUGUAACAACGUUGUGACAAUAACCAAAAUAUUCAUUGUGUGCAUGAAUAUGUAUUUGUACUGUAAUUAUGAAACAAAAAAAACUAUGUUGUAGUUUUUCUGUUCUUCAAGUGUACAGUAUGGUCAAACGUCAGCGAAGACAUGAGGGACAGCCUCAGUGCAGCAUAAAGCAGAAUGGAGGAGAAUUACUAUGUGUAAUGUACCAACAGAUAUGCUCUCUUUUCCACUCUUCACUAUGGGAUAGUAUUCAUUCCCAGAAUAAAACCAGACGGCCCCUGUUACUCUCCUCCAGUUGAAAACAGGGUGUUACAGCAACAAAAUGAUUGUACAAUUUCUUGGUAUUUUUACGGUGUCUUUUUUUUCUUUUGUUUUUGUAUUUAGUUUUUGUGUUCUUUUUGCUAUCAGUUAAGAUUCAAUGCACAGAGGUGAUGUUAUUGUAAUGA